GCCAGCUAGGUGUGAGGGGUGGAGCCAGUGAGGGCUACAGAGGUGAGAGGUCAGCUGGGUGAGUGGGGCUGCAGUCAUGUCGUUCCUCUUGCCCUUCGACAGCCUGGUCUGUACCCUGCUGGGCAUCUCGCUGACUGUUUGGAUCACCCUCCUCCUGGUCUUCAUCAUAGUGCCUGCCAUCUUUGGUGUGUCCUUUGGCAUCCGCAAGCUCUACAUGAAAACCCUGCUGAAAAUCUUUGAGUGGGCAACACUGCGGAUAGAAAGAGGAGCCCGGGAGAGGAAGCAUCUGAUCUACAAAACCAACUCUAAUGGUAUAAUAGUGAAGGAGCCCACGUCUCUGGAGGAGGAGAUAAAGCAGAUGAGACGGACUGGGAGCAACAGAGCCCUGGACAGUCGGGAGUUUGAAAUGUCUGAUAUCUUCUACUUCUGCAGGAAGGGCGUUGAGACCAUUGUGGACGAUGAGGUAACAAAACGGUUUUCUGCUGAGGAGCUGGAAUCUUGGAAUUUGAUGACAAGGACAAACAAUAAUUUUCAGUACAUCAGCCUUCGCCUGACUGUCCUCUGGGGGCUGGGCGUCUUUGUACGGUACUGCUUUCUACUACCACUGAGGGUUACCCUGGCAAUUACUGGCAUUAGCUUGUUGGUGAUUGGAACGACCAUGGUGGGAUAUUUGCCAAAUGGUUGGUUGAAAGACUUUCUCAGCAAGCAUGUACAUUUGAUGUGCUACAGGAUUUGUGUUCGGGCUCUCACUGCUAUAAUUCACUACCAUGACAGUGAAAACAGGCCAAAAAAUGGAGGCAUAUGCGUUGCAAACCACACUUCUCCAAUCGAUGUAAUCAUCCUGGCAAGUGAUGGCUUCUAUGCUAUGGUAGGCCAGAUUCAUGGUGGACUGAUGGGAGUCAUUCAGAGAGCCAUGGUUAAGGCUUGUCCUCAUAUCUGGUUUGAGAGAUCAGAGGUCAGAGAUCGCAAUCUCGUUGCAAGAAGGCUGAGUGAGCACGUAAGAGACCAGGCUAAGCUUCCGAUUCUGAUUUUCCCAGAAGGAACGUGUAUCAAUAAUACCUCCGUAAUGAUGUUUAAGAAGGGAAGCUUUGAAAUUGGAGCUACUGUCUACCCAGUUGCCAUCAAGUACGACCCUCGAUUUGGAGAAGCGUUUUGGAACAGCAGCAAGUACGGGAUGGUGAACUACCUCCUGAGGAUGAUGACGAGCUGGGCUAUAGUCUGCAGCGUGUGGUACCUACCACCAAUGACACGCGAGGAAGAUGAAGACGCCGUACAGUUUGCGAACCGGGUGAAAGCAGCGAUUGCUCGGCAAGGUGGUCUUGUAGAUUUACUGUGGGAUGGUGGCUUGAAGAGACAAAAGGUGAAGGACACCUACAAAGAGGAGCAGCAGAAACUCUACAGUAAGAUGAUAGUGGGAAACCAUAAAGACCGAAGCCGUUCAUGAACUCUCCAUGGGACUAGCUGUUGCACUACCAGUAUGGGCGUGUGGAAAAGACACAUCUUAGGCUGUUUUUCUGGCCUGAAAUGAACUGAAGGGCACCAAUUUGUCCAAGUACUUUGUUUGUUUCUCUCUCUCGCUGAGGAAUAUAAAAGUCGGAACCGCGGGAAGAAAUCUAUCGAGGCUCAAACCAGCCGCACCUGGAAAUGGGACAGUGUCUCACCAAAAUGGCAAACGUGUUGAGUAGUUGUUGGGAUGAGGGAUAAAGAAUGUUACAUGACUGAUCGCAAGGAGGAAGGGAGUGGUGCAGCUGGUGUGGGCUAUACCAAGCCUAUUUCCAGACCAAAUGGGACACUUAGCCAUAGUCUGUCUAUUUUAGCUCAUUGGGUCUGUAGCAUCUUAUUUGGGGAGGGAGGCUGUGAAGAAGCAGAGGCACAAAGCCUUUGGAACAAUAAACUGACUCAAAGAGGGCAGCUGUGUUGUCAGAGACCCUAUGAUGCAUGUUUUGACGUGUCUUCAUUUUAUAUCGACCCCUGUUUUUAAGAUGUGUACUUGCAUGCUUUGUUUUUUUUUAAAUUGCGUAGACUAACAUUUCACUGUAACCACGAGAGGAGAGAUUCUGCCACCUGAGCAGACGUGAAGGAUCAUCAUUUCUCAUCCUAAGUUUGCUUUAACUGAAGUGUAUUGUCAGGGUGAAGACUAGUGAGGAAGGUCACUUGCAAACACCUGUCAGUUCAGUUCCUCAAGGGUUAUCCCUCUGUUGAAAACCUACUCUGAGCAACCGAGUCUACUUCAGAAAAAAGAAAUGCUUUUCAUUCCAGUUUGAUGAAAUGAUCUUGUCCAUCUCCAGGUCAAAGCAAAUGUGGAAUAGUUCACAAUCUUGAGUUCUGUUGGUGUGUCUUCAACCACUUCCAAGUGUCAUGUUGCGUGAACCCGAUUGGAUGGCUUCAGAAGGAGGCUGACUAGAAUAAAUCACUUUUGGUUACAAUUA